AUUGAUAAACUAAUGUAUUACUGGAAGCAAUAUGGUAAUUUAAUUUUUAUUUAACUGGAUAAUGUAAAAGCGUUUUAUGGUUUUCUAUAUCCUCAUAAUGUAUUACUUGGGUGGUGGGUGUGUAACGAACUGAAUCAUGCGCAAACUUCUCAGCAGUCCAGCCUCUGUGUGGGUGGGUAAGGAUACAUUUAAAGAGAUGAACACCCUUAGUUCUUCCUAUCUUGUCAGGACGAGAAAGUAAAAUGGGUCAUAUUUAUAAAUGUUGCAGUGUUGAACAUCACUUGGCUGUAGUACUGAUGCUACUAUUACACACUGACACAUCGACAGUAGAAGUCCUCACUUACCAGCACGAGGACCCACUCACAAGGCAGAUACUCACAUGCACACGCUGCCCCCCUGGAACCCACAUGAGUAAACACUGCACUGCAACCGAGGACACCGUCUGCUCGCCAUGUCCAGAAGACCAUUUCACACAGUUCUGGAACUACUUACCGAAAUGCCUGUAUUGCAGCACUUUCUGUGUAGAAAAUCAGUACAUUGAGAAAAAAUGCUCUUCUACUAACAACAGGGUUUGCCAGUGUAAAGAAGGUUAUUUUUGGCAAGCUGACUUCUGCAUCAAGCAUGCGGAGUGUCCAUAUGGAUACGGCGUCCAGCAGAAUGGUACCUUACAUCGUGAUACACAAUGUGAGAGGUGUGUGCGUGGCACCUUUUCUGCGGUCACAUCCUCGACAUCGCCUUGCGCAAAACACACUGAUUGCAAAUCGAUUGAUCUUGAUCUGGUACUGAGGGGUACCGGCUGGCAUGAUAACAUAUGCUCAACAUGCGAAAAUCUCCAGAAAGCUGGUGGUUUAUCUGUACUGAAAAAGAUCCUGCCAGACUUCUUUGCUCAUGAAAAAAUACGCCAGUCCAAACUGUACAGAUUUAUGAGACAUCAUCUUAGCCAGAAGCUGCAAGGGAAACAGUCCCACUAUUCAAACCAAUCCCUCUUACUUCUUCCCAUUUCAGAGUGGAUUAGAGGUGCUAGCAUAGACCAGCUCAAGAAAUUACCAAUGCAACUCAGAAGUAGCAACAUCCACAACACUGCAGACAAGCUCUCAAAAAUGUUCAAGGAGUUAGAGGCCUCAAAUUAUAAUUGUAAAAAUGCAACAUAUUGAACUAAUGAUUUUUUUAUGGACUUCCCUCCUAAAGGCCACUAAACAGAGAUUUUGUUGAUGUGAAUUGUGGUGCUUGUGAGUAUAUGCUGUGCUCUUUUCUCUUGAUGUGAUGAACAAUCAUGACAUUAUGUUGGGGGCUGAAAGAAGCAUUAAUCCCCUUUGAACAAUAAAUAAACAAAUUUUUUGAAUGUUUAAAUGAGUUG